AUGGACUUUGGCUCUAUUGAUUUGUCGCGAAACAAACUCGAAGGCGAUGCAUCUGUGGUUUUCGGAUCGAGCAAGACGACAGAGAUCGUGGACUUGUCGAGGAACUUGUUGGAGUUUAAUCUGUCAAAGGUUGUGCUCCCCAAGAGUUUGACUUCUUUGGAUCUUAACCACAAUAAGAUCUUUGGAGGUCUUCCUGUUGAGUUGACCAAAUUGAAUUUGCAAUACUUGAAUGUGAGUUAUAAUAGGCUUUGUGGUCAGAUUCCAGUGGGUGGUAAAUUGCAAAGCUUCGAUUAUUCGAAUUAUUUCCACAACCGGUGCUUGUGUGGCUCUCCACUUCCAAGCUGCAAGUGA